UUUUUUUUUUUUUAACUGAGCUAGGGUUAGAACCCAAAACCUUGAAGUAUUAAGCAAGGGACAAAAAUUAAAGACCGCCAAUUUGAGAGGCAAAAAUUAAAGACCAGUGCUUUUGAAGGGCAAUCCGCACAAAAAAAUGAAAGUGAGAGGGGUGAGUCAUAAUUGGGUGGGGUGAAAUCAUUUUUUGUGGGUCGGGGCGGAUUAUAAUAUGAUGCGUACAUGUCUAAGAUUUGUAAAUUUGUCAAUUAUCAUCAAGUCAUUUUGCCCUAAAGAUAAUCCUGUUUAUUUUGGUUGAAUUGAGGAUUUUCAUCCACUUAAGAGUAUAAGUGAACACUUUAAUUAACGGAGGGGUAUAUUUGAUCACUUUGACUAAUCGAGGGCAAAGUUAGCCAAUAAACUAAAGUCUCUUUAUUCUUUAUGACACCAUUUAGUUUUCUUUUUCUUGUGGGCAAAUAGCGAUUUUAUUCCCUUGUGUUAUAGAUGUAUUCCAGUUUUGAUCUCUGUGUAAUUUGACUAAGCAUAAUUAACCUUUAAUAAAUAUAAAAGUGUAAUUUGAUACCUCAAGACUUUUCAUGUAGUAAAUCUGAUCGUCUUCUACAUAUGUCGCACAGUUGCAUAUGAAUAGACAUCUCUCAAGUUGCAUUAAUCAGACAAUCACAGUUCGUGAGAUGCGUACAUGUCUAAGAUUUGUAAAUUUGUCAAUUAUCAUCAAGUCAUUUUGCCCUAAAGAUAAUCCUGUUUAUUUUGAUUAAUUUGGAACUUGACAGUUACCAGAGAUACUAGGCAAUACACGAGGUUGUAUUGCUUACGAUAAACAACCAGGACACAGAAGCCUAGUGAUAAAUUUGAAAAAAUUAUUGAUAAAUGGGAAAAGGGGCAAAUAUACCCCUCAACUAUGAAAUAUGAAGCAAAUAUACCCCUCGUAAAAAAAGUGUAGCAAAUAUAUCUUGCCGUUAUAAAAAGGAUUAACGGACCUAUAUUUAUUGAGAUAAAAAAAAAUCUAAAACUGAUUUGUUAAUUCCAAAAAUGCCACGUGGCAUUUAAAAUAUCACAAUACUAAAAUAAAACCUAAUCCCAUAAUCUUCAAUUCGGUCAUCAUCCAGAUGACUUACAAUCCCAAAUAAAGAACCUGGAAACUCAAGUUCCAAAAUUCUCUGCUAGGUUCCGGCUAUACCCAUCGGUGGUAUCGAUUUCGAUAGGAGAUUUGUCGAAAAAUCUCAGGUAAGUUUUUAUUACCUUCUUCCCUGUUCUUUUAACGAUUUCUGAUGUUGAGGGUCUAGGGUAAAAAGUGCUAAAGGAAAUCCUAAACAGAGAACACGAUAUUAGAAGGAAAUCCUCCCUCACUAAUUUCGAUUGAAGAAGAAUAAUAUUGACUCGGAAUCGUUGAAGAAAAUGUCAGAAAGCUCUGUGUCUAUUAGAAGGUGUUUCUGUGGAAUUGAUGCCCUACAUUUAACGGCUUGGACUCCACAUAAUGCUGGUCGACGUUUUACAAGUGUUCACAAAGUGGGGCACGAAAAAUGUGGUUUUUGGGAUUGGGAAGAGCCAAGGUUUCCUCCCAGAGCAAUAGAAUUAAUCUACGAUUUGAAAAGCAAAGAAAAAUCUCUUCGAAGUGAGAAGAUAUUUUUGUUGAAGAAGAUUGCAAAUUUUAAGUGUUCCAACAAGAAGUUGGAGGAGAAGAUAACGGAAUUGGAGUGUUCUACUGUUGAAGUUGUCGGACCACCAACAAUAGUUGCUGGACUACCAGCAAAUUUAAGAUUUCAAUUGUUAAGUUAUUUUUCAUUGAGUUGUUUUGUUGGGGGCAAUUAAUUAUAGGUGAUAAAAAGUUUUAAAAUUGAGUACAGGUAACUCAAGUUUUAAUUAUUGAGUAAAGGUGAUAAAAUUUGAUUAGUGAUUAAACG